AAUCAUGUCAAAGUCAGCGUGGCGUAUUAGUGGCAGUUGUGCCAACAAUGAUAAAUUUUUUAUCGAAAAAUAGCUCUCAGAUUUAUAAUAAGAUUUUUAUCGCGAUGGAUUUCAUUUAGAAGCGAGAUUUUUUCACGAAAAAUUCAGCGACAAAAUGUAUACAUUUCUGCUAUAUUUUCUUGCUGUUUUAACCACAGGUGUAAUGAGCGACCUGGUGGUGGUACCCCGCGAGGAUUGGCAAGCCCGCCCCCCAACCGCCACCGAGCCCAUGACUAAUCCCGUCCCCUUUGUCAUCAUCCACCACAGUUACAUCCCGCCCGCUUGCCACACCCCCGAAGAAUGUGUCCAAUCAAUGCAAACCAUGCAAGAUAUGCACCAAUUACAAAACGGCUGGAACGAUAUCGGUUACAGUUUUGGAGUAGGGGGUGACGGAAACGCUUACGAAGGACGGGGGUGGUCAAAAGUUGGCGCCCACGCCCCCAAAUACAACAAUAUCAGUAUAGGAAUCUGUGUUAUCGGCGAUUGGACUAAAGAAUUACCCCCUUUGCAUCAACUGAAGACUGUACACGAGUUGAUCGAAUUUGGGGUAGAAAAGGGGUAUAUCAGGGAGGAUUAUAAAUUAUUGGGGCAUAGACAGGUGAGGGAGACGGAGUGUCCAGGGGAUAGAUUGUUUGGGGAGAUCUCCACGUGGGAGCAUUUUGGGGUAAAAGGGGAGAGAAGAAAAGAAGAAAACAGUGGAGUAGAAGACAUUUUUUUUUUCAAACACAAAUCUUGA